CCACUAUUAAUCCGCCGCUAAGUCUGUCCCUCGCUCGUUCAACAGCAAUACAGUCGCUCUAUAAACACAGGUAACGGUGAGCUAAAAACAACAACUCAUUAUUACGUUACGUUCUAGCAUCGGAAAUUUACAUAUCCUCUCUUUUUCCCGCCACUGAGUUUGUCUCUACACCCAUUCACCCGUAUAAGCAAGUGUAGUACGAACGUCUAUAAACAUACGUAAAAGUAAGCUGAAAAUAAGAACAAACUGAAUAUUACGUUACGUUCUAGCAUCGCAAAGUUACAUAUUCCCUCUUUUUAUGCCGCCAAGUUUGUCUCUGCACCCGUUCAACCGUGGCAGCGUGUGUCGUGUGAGUGGCAGGAGGAUGGGCAGGGAGGGGGGUAGUGGAGAGGCACACACACAGGGGAAGCCUAUUUAAACCGAUCAGCCGACCGUCCGACCGUGGAAUUAAUGACCGACCUUGCAUACGGCGCGCGCGAGUGAGUCGCGGUUCGCGGCGACUCGAGCGACACCGGCGACACUUCCCUUCCGCGGUCCUCAGUCCUCCGCCAACCUCGACAGCCGCUGGUGGUAUCGGCCAAGGCGUUCCUGAGACCUCGUGGUGGUUAUUGUGUUGCGUGAAAGCCUGGGACACGUGAUUAAGAGUAGUGCGCUGGGAUAAUACGACGCUUGGUGACGUUAUUCGAAUGGUAUUGAACGUGACCAAUGAGCGAUGUGUAAUUAACUCCUAGCGUGCGUGGACUUCGUUAUACGCGAUGCAGUGACGAAUGAAAGAUAAAUAAAGAAGGAAGAAAGAUAAAGAGUGACUACAAGUGUUGACAGUGCUGGAGGAAGUGCAAGAUUAACAAGACAAGUAACAAGAACAAGCAGGAUGGUGGAGGAAGACCAGGAACAGCAGGAGGAGGAGGAGGAGGAGGAGGAAGAGGAGGAGCAGCUACUGAACCAAGACCCAGGUGGCGGCGGAACCGACGUGGUGAACCUUACGAAAGUCGGCGUGCUGGCUGCCGUGGUGGCAGCCGCGGCAUGGUUCGCACAUACGUGGUUCGGGGCGUCGCCGGGCGUGGUGUACAAAUGUGACGCCGUGUAUGAUUUCAUCGUGGUGGGCGGCGGCACGGCGGGCAGCGUGAUGGCGGCGCGGCUCAGCGAGACGCCCCACCACCGCGUGCUGCUGCUGGAGGCCGGCGGGGAGGAGCCCUGGCUCUCCUCUAUCCCCCUUGCAGCGCCGCUUCUCCAGGGCUCACGCUACGACUGGAAGUACAUGACGGCGCCGCAGAAGACGUCCUCCGAGGGCCUCAACGACAGGCGGUCGGCGUGGCCGCGAGGCCGCGUGCUGGGCGGCAGCGGCACCAUCAACUACAACAUCCACAUGUUCGGCUCGCCGCAAGACUUCGAGGCGUGGGAGCACCAGUACGGCGCCAAGGGCUGGGGCUUCGCGGAGAUGAAGAAGUACGCCAACAAGGCCGAGUGUCGCAGGCUGCGCCCUAAGCUCUUCAAGCAGGAGGAGUGCAGCACGGAGGCGACGCCGCUGCAGCAGAAGAGCUGUGGCGGCAACGGCACCACCAGCAGCACAAACGACUCCGAGCACGUGCGACAACCCCAGGACGCCGUGCAGUGUUACGACCCGCCCAUCCGCACCAACACGGCCUCCUCCACCCUCACCUCCGCCUUCCUCGCCGCCGGGAAGGAGCUCGGUCUUCCGGUUGGGGACUUGAAUGACGACAUCGACCACGGCGUGAUGGCUACGCGCACCACCGUCUUCAAGGGCCGCCGCUGGAGCUCCUUCACCGGCUACCUCAAGCCAGCCCUCGGGAGGCCCAAUCUGCACGUCAUGCUCCAGACACACGUCACGAAGGUGGUGUGGGACGGCAAGCGGGCGGUGGGUGUGGAGUUUGUGCAGUGGGACAACGCGCGGCUGAACGGCACCGUGUACGCCAGAGGGGAGGUGGUGCUGAGCGGCGGCGCCAUCAACACCCCGCUGCUCCUCACUCACUCAGGGGUGGGGCCCGAAAACGUGCUGAAGAAACUAAAGAUCCCAGUGGUGUCUCCUCUAAAGGGUGUGGGAAGCAACCUCCAGGACCACCUCAACCUCCCUCUCUAUGUGUCCCUGGAGCAGCCCGUUUCGCUCAACCCAGCCAAGCUGCGCUCCGUCUCAAACCUCUGGGACUACUUCUUCAAUGCAGGGAAAGGUGACUUUGGACGGGCAGCCAUCGAGGGUGUGGGCAUAAUGCGUGGCGAGGACAAGCUGCCGGAGGUGGGGGUCAUCCUCUUCAACAUGGGGGCCGUGGACAAGCACCUCUACUCGGAAGUGGCCAACAUGAAACUCGAUUUCUUUGAGAAGGUGUUCCCGGGGAUGGAGAACCAGAGUGCCGAGGGGUUCAUCCUCCUGGCGACGUGCCUUCACCCACAGAGUAAAGGCCGCCUCCAGGUUGUGUCCAGUGACCCCCGGCUGCCCCCUGUCAUUGAUCCGGCCUACCUCUCCAACCCGGCGGACUUCCCCUGCAUGAGACACGCCUUCAAGUUUGCCAUGCGGUUGGUGCGGACAAAGCCAUUCCUGAAGCUCGGGGCGGCGGCUCACCUACCCCGCUAUGAGGAGUGUGUCGGUGGGGCAGGGGGCGCUGCAGGGCCAGGACCCGGGGCGGACGCACGGGCACGAUACAAGGAGUACGUCAACUGUCUGGUGCGCCUCGGAGGCAUCACAGGAUACCACCCGCUAGGCACAGCACGUAUGGGCCCGCCGAGUGAUCCUGAUGCUGUGGUUGACCUUGACCUUAAGGUGAUUGGCACUGAGAGGCUGCGGGUAGUGGAUGCCUCGGUGAUGCCCACACAGAUCUCCGGCACUCCAAACUCUGCCAUCAUCGUCAUCGCGGAGAAGGCUGCCGACCUCAUCAAGGCUUCAUGGAGCAACGCCACGGCCCUUCUCUCCCAGCGGCUGUGUUCCUCAUCCCCCGACUGUGAGCAGCAGCUGUUGGCGAGGCUGGCUAGCUCCUCCACCUGCCUCCAGCACCAUCAUCCCUCAUUCCUGGCUGUCGUGUGUCUCCUCCUACCUCUCCUCGUCUCUUUAUACCUCUGAAUCUUGGGUGGUUUAUUUGAGAUUUUUGUUUGUUUCUUCAUUCCUUGGCUUUUGUCUUUUUUUCGGUUUUUUAGCUUCUCUUUUCUCUUUAAAUUCUCUUUCUAUCCUCCUUCUCCUCCUCCUACCUCUCCUCCUAUCUUUAAACCUCUGAAUCUUGUUACCUGGGUCAUGAUGGGUGGUUUAUAUAUUUGAGAUUUUUGUUUGUUUCUUUAUUCUUCAUCUGUCUUUUUUUUGUUUUUUUUUCUAGCUUCUCUUUCCUCUUUAAAUUCUCUUUCCAUACCCCUCCUCCUCCUCCUCCCUCUCCUCUCCUCACUCUGAACCUGUGAAUCUUGAUAGGCUAUUUAUUUUCUCUCAUUUAUUUUUUCAUCCUCUGAGGGUUAUAUUCUUCUUUCCCUGUCUUCCUUUUCUUCAUUAUUUGCUGUCAUGUGUCUUCUUUUUCUUCUCGUCCUCUCUCGCUCUGAACCUGUGAAUCUUGAUAGGCUAUUUAUUUUAUCUCUCAUUUAUUUAUUCAUCCUCUGAGGGUUAUAUUCUUCUUUCCCUGUCUUCCUUUUCUUCAUUGUUUGCUGUCAUGUGUCUUCUUUUUCUUCUCGUCCUCUCUCGCUCUGAACCUGUGACUCCUCUUUGGCAAUUCAUUUCCUCUGAUUUAUUUUUUCAUCCUCUGAGGGUAGUAAUUUUUUUUGCCUCUCCAUCCUCUAUUAUCUGCUGUUAUGUGUCUUUUUCCUUCUCUUUCUCCCUGUGUGUACUCUGCAUUUCUUCCUUCUUCUGUACUUUGCAUUUCUUCCUUCUUCUUUUCUUUCUUCUUCUGUGUUCUGUCUUCUGUCCUUUCUUCUCCUGUCCUUUCCUUUCUGUCCUCUCUUCUGUCCUUUCCUUUCUGUCCUCUCUUCUGUCCUUUCCUUUCUGUCUUCUGUCCUUUCUUCUUCUUUCCUUUCUUCUUCUUCUGUCCUUUCUUCUUCUCUCCUCUGCAUUUCUUCCUUCUUUUUCUCUCUGUGUGUCCUCUGUUUUUCGACAUUUCGAGCGUGAUUGGGGAUUAACCUCCGAGUCUAGUCAUUUGAGUUAUGCUGUGGGAUUUAUUUGAGCUUUCCAAUCUAGUACUUCUUCAUUCCCUCACAGGUUGUUCUCCUUCCUGUCUUCCCAUCCUUCUUUAUUUGCUAUCAUGUGUGUCUACUCUUUCCCUCCUCUUCUUCUCUUUGAACCUCUAGUCAUCUGGGUCUUGGUAUGUGAUUUAUAUGAGGUCUCUAAUCCAUUUAUUCAUUUUCUUGCAUUCUCCUCAUUCUCCUAUCUUCCUUCCUGUCUUCCCAUCCUUCUUUAUUUGCUAUCAUGUGUCUUUUUUUCCUCCUCUUCCUCUCUCCCAACCUCUAGUCAUCUGGGUCUUGGUAUGUGAUUUAUAUGAGGUCUCUCUAAUCCAUUUAUUCAAUUUCUUGCAUUCUCCCCAUUCUCCUGUCUUCCUUCCUGUCUAUCUAUCCCUUAUUAUUUGUUAUUAUGUGUCUCUUCCUGCUCCUCUUCCUCCUUCUUCUCUUCCUUUUUAUUCCUAUUCCUAUUUGUGUUCUCUAAUCCAUUUAUUCAUUCUCUUGCAUUCCCAUCAUUCUCCUUUCUUCCUUCUUGUCUAUCUAUCCUUCAUUAUUUGUUAUUAUGUGUCUCCUCCUCCUCCUUCUUCUUCUUCUUCUUCUCUUCCUUUUGCUUCCUAUUCCUGAACUUCCUCCUCCUCCUCCUCUUCCUCCUUCUACUCUUCCUUUUGCUUCCUAUUCCUGAACUUUCUCCUCCUCCUCCUUCCUUCUACUCUUCCUUUUGCUUCCUAUUCCUGAACUUUCUCCUCCUCCUCCUUCCUUCUACUCUUCCUUUUGCUUCCUAUUCCUGAACUUCCUCCUCAUCCUCCUCCUCUUCCUUUUAAUUCCUAUUCCUGAACUUUCUCCUCCUCCUCCUUCCUUCUACUCUUCUUUUUGCUUCCUAUUCCUGAACUUCCUCCUCCUCCUCCUCCUCUUCCUUUUGCUUCCUAUUCCUGAACUUUCUCCUCCUCCUCCUUCCUUCUACUCUUCUUUUUGCUUCCUAUUCCUGAACUUCCUCCUCAUCCUCCUCCUCUUCCUUUUAAUUCCUAUUCCUGAACUUCCUCCUUCUCCUCCUCUUCCUUUCUAACUUCCUUCUCACUGAGCCUCCUUGCAAAAUCUAGUCAGUUGGGUCUUGAUAAUAUGUCCUUGCAAUAUCAGUCUAGUCUUGUAUUUCCAUGUUCCUUCACACAGUGCCUCAUUUUUAUUUCUUUUUUUAUAGACAGAAAAAGAUGAUGUACUGUUUAUUAUCCUCUCUGGGGGUUGCGUUUGUGAUGUUAGUCCUGUUUUGCGUAUGUAUGAGUCUGAUGAUGAUGUGUAUGUAUAAUUUAUGCUGUAAAAAAAUGUGUUUGUUGGUGUUUGUUUGUUGUAGAAUACAUUUUAUCUGAAGGAGG